AAAACUCAAUUUGAGUCUGGGCAAAGCGAACACCAAAAGGGAGCAAUGGCUUCUUUCUGCCUAAGUAUUUAGUGCUACUAUAACCAGUACCCUAGGCUAAGCUCACCGUAAUAGCUGAAAUAGCUUUCAAUUCCGCGUUGUUCAAAGGAAAUUAAAGGAAAGUAAUCUGUUUGAAAGUCCUGUCCGUCCGUAGGAGUUGUCGUAUGUUUCCCGUAAAUGCUCCAAGAAUCAAAAUGCCCAACGCCGGAGAAAAAAUACAUAAAACAGACGAUAAUGAAGAAAACUUUGGAAAAUUGCAAAUGUUUGGCGAAAAUGUUCGCAAAGAAUAUGAAAAGUUAUAUACAGAUAUGUGGAACAGCCUAAGCGAAUCGCACCUGGAACCUUUUGCAGACAUAUUGUUAGAACGCGAAGGGAUAGUUCUAAAAGAUAGAGAACAAACCAUGGAAAGUAUACGGAAGCAGCUGCAAAAUAGCAUGGUAUAUGCGCUCAAUUUCUUUUGGGAGGAUAGCGGUGUUAACGAAGCCUUAACAUCAUUGGAAAUGUUAAAAGAAAAGUUCAAGUCCUACGAAGGAAAUAAGUGGAGUAUUGAUGUCGAAACGCCUUUAAAGCGCACAAUGCCAAUACGGAUGCGGUUUAAAGAAUACCAAUUACGUUACUUGCAGGCGCAGUUGAAGUUUCAAGAAGAUCAGUUGGACCAAAUUCUUCAGGAAAAUACGGAUUUCAGAAAACAAAUUCAAAAUGUUAAAGAACAACGCAUUUUUCUAAUGGAAUCCUUAGUUGAACAUCGUAAAAAAUUUCAAGCUGCCCUGCCGGAAAUAAGCCGUUUGCGCAAUCUGGUUUUAGAAGAUCGGCUAGAAAAUUAAGAAAAAGCCUCAUAAUAUUGCGUAGCAGUUUUAAAUUUUUUACUAGUAUCGG